AUGUCGGAAACUUAUCGUCAGCAAGCUCUUGGACCGCCGACCUUCAUCGACGCGGGUGCGAGAUCGAGUUCGUCUGGACGUGAUGCAUUCGACAGCAUCCUUGAUGCCGCCCAUCUUUAUCACGAUCACAACUUCCGACAAGACCGUAUGGCGCUUCCACUGCAGAUACCAGGACACGAUAGCUAUACACAAGAUGACCAGUUUGGCUAUGCAUCGCACAGCAAUGAGCCGUCACUUUCAGGCCUACAAUACACUUCGCCUAUCAUGAAUGGCCACAUGUCCACACAAUACGAGCAUGAACAAUCCAUUCUAGAAGAUAUUCGGGGCUUUUCUCCAAUCACCCAGUCAUACAACAUAAACGCUUAUCGCACGCCGUACCCGGACAGCAAUGCGACAUCCGCUUCCUCAGCCGCUAGCCCCGACCCCACGAUCACAGAUAUGAUUGUUGAAGUGGAUGAAGACAAGCGAAAGCGCAACCAAGCCGCUUCUGCGCGCUUCCGCCAGAAGAAGAAGCAGCGGGAACAGCAGCUGGUGGAUUCGAGUCGCGAGAUGCAAGACCGAACGAAGAAGCUACAGGCCGAAAACGAAGGGCUGAAGAAAGAGAAUUCAUUCUUGAAGAAACUACUUGUGGAGAAGGUGGACCACAUGAGCGAGGAGGAUAGGGAGAUACUUCUGAAAGCCACGAGUGAGGUACUGAAGAAGAAGAAAUGA